AUGGCCUCCGUCGACGUCGCCGUGCCCGCCGCGCCCUCGUCGCCCGCGCCCUGGGCUGCGCUCUCCUUCGACGACUUCCUCACCUUCCCUGCGCCCUCGCCGGCCCCGACACCGGCGGCGCUGCCGUCUGCGCCGCCUGCUGCUGCCGCUGCUGCCGCCGCCGCACCGGCCCCCGCGCCGUCGCCGCGCCGCAGCGCCGCCGUGGCGCCCAGCUCGGCGGCCACCGUGCAGGUCGCCGGCACGCCGCCGGGCGCCACGGGCCCGCCGCCGCCGCCCGGCUCUGCGCCCGAGGUGCUCUUCCGCUACUAUCUCGCCGCCGAGCUGCGCCGCAUCGGCUCGUCGGCCGACGACCACAUCAUCGAGAAGUACGUGGCACAGCACUACUCGUCGAUCAGCAAGAAGGCCGCCGCGCCCGUCGCAUCGUCGUCGUCGACGGCUUCCGCGGCGCACGCACCCGUCGCCCAGCCCACGCUCAACUACGAGCCCUACCGCCGCGCGCCGUCGCCGCCCGCGCCCUCGUUCGCCCACGCCCAGGCGUUCCGCGAUGCGACGCCGCCGUCGCCCGAGGCGUUCCUCGACCCGCACUCCCUCGUGCUGCCGCCGCCCGCGCUCGCGACGCUGCCGCAGCAGAGCUCGACGGUCGGCGUGCACGAGCCCUUCACCGUGACGCGCGCGCCCAUCGUGCCCUCGUCGAACGCGUCCGGCAGCUACAGCAAGAGCCGCCGCGCCGCCGACGCAAUGUCCGAGGACUCGUCCGACGGCGGCCAGUCGGAAGACGACGACGAGGACGACAAGGCCUCGUUUGCGCACCUCGGCUCGAACACCGGCGGCCGCGGCACGUUGAGCGCCGCGGCGAUGCUGCGCCCCAGCCCCGAAGAGUACCGCAAGCUCAGCUCCAAGGAAAAGCGUCAGCUGCGCAACAAGAUCAGCGCCCGCAACUUCCGCACGCGCAGGAAGGAGCAUAUCACUGCGCUCGAGUCUGAGCUCUCCGACCGCGACUCGAUCAUCGCCGGCCUGCGCGCGCAGCUGUCGCAGCUGAGCGUCGCCAACGCGUCGCUGACCGAGGAGGUGCGCACGCUCAAGCGCACCCAGCUCUCGGCCACAGACGUGAGCCGCAUUCUCGAGGCGCUGCAGAAGAGCACCGGCGUGGCCCUGCCGGCCGGCGCGGCGCCAGCGUCGGACGAUCAGGCCAUGUUCGCCUCGUCGUCGAACCCGGCCAGCCGGCCGAGCACGCCCACCAGCCCGCGCCCCGGCCUGCGCCGCAACGAGAGCUCGCUGCUCAACACGCGCAAGGACGUCGGUCCGGCGGCGGCCUCCAAGAGCUUCUGGGGCGGCCGCAGCGCCGCGCAGGGCAGCGCGCUCGUCGCCGCCAGCUGA